AUGAAGCUCUUGGUUUUGGUACUGGUGGCUGCUGCAUCUGCUGCCCCUCAGGGGUACAACCUGGGCACGCCCUCUGGCCCUUCCUUUGAGUCUGGCAGUUGUGGCAGUGGGCAAGUGCGGCACGUGGAUGGAAGAUGCGUUACACCUCAAGUGAACAGCCGUGUGUUCCUGUAUGAUGUGCCAGCUAAUGAAGGUGUUGUCAAUCGGCCAAGCUACAUUCCAGAACCCAAAUUGGAACGCAAUAUCAUUUUCGUAAGACUACCUGAAGGUGCAGAUGGACCAGAGCCCAUCGUCGUACCACCGCCACAACAGCAACACGUCGUGUAUGUCCUGAACAAGCAGUCUGAACAGGACCAGCGAGUAAUCGAGGUUCCAGCACCGCCACAAUCCAACCCCGAAGUGUUCUUCGUGAACUACGCAGAAGGAGAGAACCCGACUCUUCCCAGCGGAGUCGACCUCCAGACGGCGCUGAGUUCAGCUUCCCAGGGCGGCGGCCAAGUUGUUGGAGGCGGUGGAGUUGGAGGUGGCUUUGGAGGUGGUCUCGGUGGCGGCAUCGGAGGCGGCAUCGGAGGCGGCAUCGGAGGCGGCAUCGGAGGCGGCAUCGGAGGCGGCAUCGGAGGCGGCAUCGGAGGCGGCAUCGGAGGCGGCAUCGGAGGCGGCAUCGGAGGCGGUAUCGGUGGCGGUAUCGGUGGCGGCAUCGGUGGCGGAAUUGGAGGUGGUUUCGGUGGUGGCAGUGGAGGCGGUUUAGGAGGGGGCAAUUACUCCCCACCUUCUAACCUGUACAGCACACCAUAA